AUGGCAAGCCCCGGACCCUCCCUUUGCACUGUGCUCGACCCGCAUGCUUGGUUCGACCCGCAGAGGCUACACCCUGAAGUGGAAUCUCUUAUAUACUGGCGAUCAGCUGGGCGGUCUGGUGCAGCGCUAGGAGCCGGCUUGGCCGUACUCGUGGCAUUAGCGUGCUGCUCGGUGAUAUCGGUGUUAGCGUAUUCAUCCCUGGUCGCUCUAACCGCAGCAGUUGCCUUCCGGAUCUACAAAAACGUGCUGCAGGCCGUACAGAAGACUAACGAAGGUCAUCCCUUUAAGUGGCUGCUCGAGAAGGAUAUUAACUUAAGUGCAGAGCGAGCGCAGGCGCUGGCCGCAUCCGCCACCGCUCAUCACAACGCAGCCCUACAUGAGCUACGCAGAUUGUUCCUAGUGGAGGAUCUGGUGGACUCUUUGAAGUUUGGCGUGUUGCUGUGGUGUCUGACGUACAUUGGUUCCUGUUUCAAUGGCAUUACGCUUGUCAUCCUCGGAUGGAUAGCGCUAUUUACACUGCCGAAAGCGUACGAAAUGAACAAGGCACAAGUGGACGCUAAUCUCGAGCUUGCACGCGCUAAAAUUAAUGAGAUCACAGCUAAGGUACGCGCAGCAGUGCCGCUUGGCAGAAAGACGGAGAGUGAGAAGGACAAGUAG